AUGGUCGCCGCCGCACCCAUCGUCUGCUCGUUCCCGACGGCGAGCGAGCUCACCGAGGCGCUCGCCGACUUUGUGAUAAAGGCGCAGAAGGAGGCGAUCGAGAAGAAGGGGAGGUUUACCAUCGCGCUCUCCGGCGGGUCGCUGCCCAAGCAGCUCAGCGCGCUCGCGAAGCGCACGGGCGUCAAGUGGGACAAGUGGCAGGUCUUCUACGCGGACGAGCGCGCGGUCCCGCUCGACCACCCCGACUCGAACCACCAGCUCUGCACGGCCGAGUUCUACUCCAAGGUGCCCCUCCCGCCGGCGAACAUCCACACGCUCGACCCCGCGCUGCUCGACGACCUCGAGGAGCUCGCGGACGCGUACGAGAAGCAGCUCAUCCACGAGUUCGCGCAGAAGGACGCCGCGCGCUUCCCCGUGUUCGACCUCAUCCUGCUCGGCAUGGGCCCCGACGGGCACACCGCGAGCCUCUUCCCCGGGCACGCGCUCCUCUCCGAGGAGGACCGCUGGGUCGCGUACGUCGACGACUCGCCGAAGCCCCCGCCGCGGCGCAUCACGCUCACGUUCCCCGUGAUCAACCAUGCGGCGCGCGUCGCGUUCGUCGCGGCGGGCGAGAGCAAGCAGGAUGUGCUCAAGACGGUGCUGGACAAACCCGAGGAGGGCCUCCCUGCGUCGCGCGUGCGCCCGGCGUCCCCGGGGCAGUUGUAUUGGUUCGUGGAUGACGCUGCCGCAGCGAAAGUCGAGUAUCCAAAGACGCCGUUCAAGUUGUGA